AUGCAGUUCUCCAUCUCCACCAUUGCGCUCUACGCCACCCUCUUCCUCACAGUCUCGGCCUUGCCGCUCACAUCCCGUGCUCUGUCUUCCCAGGCAUACAACGACCUGUCCAUCAGUGCUGGCCAGGCCGGAGAUGCUGAGGCAGAAGCCGCGGCCAAGAUCGGCAUCGACAGCUCCUCUGACCUCGCCAACGUCAGCAAGGCCGACCUCCAGAUUGUCAAGGGGAUCCACGAUGUCGCCAAUGCCGCCGAGGUUGGAGCAUUCAACCCCGCGGUCGCUGCUGCGACCGGUGCUGAGAAGGUGGCGAUCCAGAACGGCAAAAUAAAGAACAAGGUCCUCAAGCUCUCUGCCGCAGUUCUGGCCCUUCAGAUCCAGGAAGCGCAGGGUGACAGCAGUGUUGCGACGAAGUUGGCAGCAGAGCAGAAGAAGCUGGCCAACAACAUUGCGUUGGACACAAAGGCUGCCGGCCAAGACAGCACUGCGGUUUCUUUCGAUGGGACUUCUUAA